UAAAAAACACGACAUUUUUUCUGACUACAGUGGUUUCUGACUACGUCAAAUUCAAACUGUCAAAAUAUUAUAACCAAAAAAAUACAUAUGGAAAAAAUAGACAAAAUCAUUUAUAAGGAAAAAAACAGUAUAAAAACCUAAUACCCAAAUAAAUAGUUUAAAUAUUUACAUAAAACCAAUAGCAUUUUACAAUGGUUCUAUUGGAAAAUGAAACUUUUUUAUCCGAACUAACCAGACUGUUCCAAAAAGCCCGUUUAGAUGGAUCAGUUACUAUGACAUUUAAAAGAUAUGAUGGUCGUACUCGUCCCAUUCCAAGAGAAGACAAACCACCGCUGCCAGAAGCUACGGAACACAUGUGCUUAGUACGAGCGAAAUUUCGAUCUAAAAAAAUAGCUACGGUAAUACAUCAGAAAGACGUUAACAAAUUUCAGGUAGCUUAUAGCAGUUUACUCAAAGGGAAUUUAGACGGGCUUAAAAAAUUGAAGAAACCGAAAACGAAAACGAAGGUCGAAUCAUAAAUUUGUUAUAUGAAUAAAAUAUUUUUGUAUAUUUUGUUAUUAUUUUUAAACUGCUGAGGAAAUAGUUUUUAAGAAUAAACUAUAUGGUAUUAAUAAUAAUUGUUUUUGGGUAAAAUUAAUAAGUAAAAAAUUUGCAAACAUUUAUAUUAUCAACCUUUAAUUACAUUAUUGGCAGAAGUGCUAAUUGUUUUGUUAUAAGACAUAAAUAUUAUUCAAAAUCUAAAUCAUUUGUACGUUGGGCAUUCUUCUAUCAAAAAGAGAACAGUGACUUUUCCAACGUUGAUGCACAUCUCCGGUCCGCAUUAGACAAUCAUUGGCACAGUUUAACAGAGGAUCUCCUUUGAAACAAGCAUCACAGAUCAGAAUGCAUUCGUCAAUUGGAUCCAAGUACGGUGCAGAAACAGCUUGGUGAGCCAUUACAAUGAUGACUAGAGCGGCAAAGUAAAUGUGGGCCCUGAAAACUAAAGGAAUCCCUGUAUUGAGGACUCAAAAUUAUGAAAGGGUUUAAAGAGGAAUAAAAAUGAAUUAUACUCCUGUGGUCUCAGCCUUAAGGAAAUUAGUAUUAGUACUUUGAGCCUCUAUAGGAAUAAUUUGUAACACCCAUAGCGAUUAAUUUUCUGUUAAAUGGACAUAGAAGUCUAUAAUUCCUUGCUUAUCAGAUUAUCGAGUAACUUUGUUAAAACUUUAAUGAUUCUCAUCAAUAUUCUGUUCAG